GGGUGACCCCUCCCCAAUUUCAGCCCCUGCAGGAGCUGCAGGCGGGGCCGGGGCUGUGCCGGAUGCGCCAGGACCCGACGCGGCCUCACCUGGUGGGGACGGGGGGCAAGGAGAACGGGCUCAAGGUGUGGGACCUGCAGCGGCCCCAGGAGCCCCUGUUCCGUGCCAAGAACGUGAGGAACGAUUGGCUGGAUCUGCGCGUGCCCGUCUGGGACCGGGACCUGCGCUUCCUGCCGGGCUCCCAGAGGAUCGUCACCUGCACGGGGCACGGCCAGCCCCAUUUCCCCCUCCCUAGCUCGGUGGUCGUGGGCAGCGCCCGGGGGGACAUGGCUGUGAUCGACCUGCGCAAAGGUGAGGGGGCGCUGAAGGGGCUCGCGGGGGGGGUCCGGGGGCUGCAGUGCCACCCCCGCCUGCCCCUCGUGGCCUCCGUGGGCCUCGAUCGCUUCCUGCGCGUGCACCGGCUGGACGGGGGGCUGCGGGACAAGGUGGGCACCCCCAAACCCCCUGGGACCCCCAAAACCACCCCAAAAACCCCUUGGGAAAAACCACCCCAAAAACCUCAGGAGGAGCCCCCUCCCCAAAAAGGGGUGAAGGACGAGGAGAGGGACGAGCUGUGGGACGCUCUGGAGUCCAUCCCCACCCCCAGGAGGGGCAAGAAAAGGAAAAAUUCGGGGAUUUGAGGGGUCCCGGGACCCCCCAAAAUCCCACCACGCCCCCUCCCCCGCUGUAUAUAACGUCCGACGUCAGGGAAAUAAACGGAAUUUUGGA